AAGUGAACUUCUACAAACAAUAAAAUCCCUGCCAGGGGCGGUUGCGAAAAGCAAAGGUGGCAAUGUUACGCCACAUGGUUCAAAGAAAGUGAAACGUGCUCUUGAGUCUUCACCUUCAGGUUUGACUCCCAAGAGCAAAAGGACGCUAUUUAGAACACCAAGAAAACCAACCGUAUUCGCUACUAGUACUACCGGCGAAAAAUCACUGAAGGUAGAUGCAUCAACGAGUACAUGUACCAACACACUUCCGACUAGAAGAAAGUUUGAUGUCAAGGUAACAGUGAUGUAUAAUUCAACUGAAAGAUGUAAAAUCAUAACUGAUAGUGCAGAACAGACUGCAAUCAAAGCCAUGAUGAAUGGAAAAGGACCAGAAACAGUAUUGAAACAGCUGUCAAAAUGUAGUAAAUACAGGUCAGCAAUGGCAAAAUGUGUUAGCAAGGACAUAAUACAAGAAGUGUCAAAAUUGUCAAAGCGUUCAGAAAGUGACUUUAAAGUGAAUUCUGAAAACGAUCUAAUGAACUUUAAGUGGGAAGAUCAAGCCAAAAUGAUCAGAACAAAAGUUCCAACUCUAGCAGCUAUCAUCAGCUGUGUUAUUGGUGAAAAGCAAAAAAGCAUGGCUCGAUUUGUUGUUGCUGUUGGUGUGAUGUUGUAUGCCAGAUGUCAGCUGCUGAAUCUUCUUCAGUUCGUUCUUGGUCUAGUGCUAGACAGUUGUGGCUUGAACAAAGAGGGAUUAAAUAUUAUGCAUGACUUGGGCUUGGUUGUGUCAUACACAAGUGUACAUAAGAAAAGGAAGGACCUUGUGAAGAAACAGAAGGUAAAUAUCGACCAAGUAAUUACACGUUUUGUGGAACGGGGUCAACUUAAUGGGUCUGACAAUAGGCACAAAACCAUUGAAGUACUUGGGGACAAUUUAGAUAUCACCAUAGCACCCACACACAUGACAAAGGACAAUCAAAGAAAGAGUCUACAUUGGUUUUUAACCAUGGUGAAACAAAGAAGGGUGACAUAUGAAGACCUACACAUAGAAGGUCCAGUUCCAGAACAACCAUGUGUGACAAUGAUUCCAUCAUAUAAAUGGCUUCCGUCAGAGGAAAACAUGAAAAGUGUUCUUCAUAACUUCAAGUUCCAUGUUGCUUGUGUGUUAAUGAAGUAUGUUGAUGUAUUUAAACCUCUGAUUGAUUCAUAUCCUGAAUACAUUUCACAUCCAUUCUUAGAAUUCACAAAACAAAAGUCUGUUAUUCUGAAUACCAAUCUUAUAGAUGAGAGUGAAAAUUCAACUCAAGGGAUGAUAAAAAUUUUACAAGAUGUACAGGACAUGACUGUGCCUGUAGUAGAUGGAAAUAUAAUACAAAGGGUUGUAUUUGGGGGAGAUGUACUCACAAAUGAAAGGGCAUUUUCUGCCCAACAAGCCAUGCAGAACAACUCCACUGAUCGUGAUCGACUGUUUGGUAUGAUACAUCGGCCUGAAGGUCUCCACCGGCAGUUCAACUUCCUACUCGUAACUCUUCCGUUUUCGAGUUCAACAGUUCUUGUUUUACUGUUCUCAUUUUGACGCAUUGUAUUUAUCAGCUCUUCUACAAGGCAAGCAGCUCUAUGGACACAGGCUCCAUGUACCAGCUACGCAACCUGAUUAA